AUGGCCACCAUAGGCACCCUCCAGCGCCUCUCGGCAGCCUCGCUCUCCCAAACCCUCCUCGAGGCCCAAGAACGAGCCACAUCCGGGGACCCCACCAUCGCCAUCAUCGACGUGCGAGACGACGACUACAUCGGCGGACACAUCAAAGGCUCGCUCAACAUCCCGUCGCGCACCCUCGACGCCAUGCUCCCGACCCUGGUCCGCCAGCUGCAGGACAAGCAGACGGUGGUGUUCCACUGCGCGCUGUCGCAGCAGCGGGGACCGGCGGCCGCGCUGCGGUAUCUUCGCGAGCGGGAGCGGAUUGCGGGUGAGGGGGGGAAGGAUGGGGUGGUGGAGCAGAAGGUUUUUGUGUUGGAUCGGGGGUUUGUGGGGUGGCAGGAGGUGUAUGGGGAGGAUGAGCGGUUGACGGAGGGGUAUCGGAAGGAGUUGUGGGAGGAUGGGUAUUGGGGGUGA